AUGCACGAUUUCCACUCAAAGGAAAAUGGGGCUGAAGGUGUUGAUUUCAUUGCUGUAUCUUUUGUCAAGUCUGCUGAAGUGAUCAAUCACCUUAAAAGCUAUAUUGCAGCACGGUCUCGCGAUAUUUCUGUUGUGGCAAAGAUAGAGAGUAUGGACUCUCUAAAGAACUUGGAAGAGAUCAUCCUUGCAUCAGAUGGAGCAAUGGAAGCAAGAGGUGACCUAGGUGCUCAGAUACCAUUGGAACAGGUCCCAUCAGCCCAGCAAAAGAUUGUUCAAGUAUGUCGGCAGCUAAAUAAGCCAGUCAUUGUUGCUUCUCAACUACUCGAAUCUAUGAUCGAGUAUCCUACACCCACUAAAGCUGAAGUGGCUGAUGUUUCUGAAGCCGUGAGGCAGCGAGUUGAUGCUCUGAUGCUUUCUGGUGAGUCAGCUAUGGGCCAGUUCCCAGAUAAGUCAUUAGCUGUUCUCAGAAGUGUCAGUUUGAGGAUCGAGAGGUGGUGGAGGGAAGAGAAACGUCAUGAACCUAUGUUACUCCCAGCUAUUGGAUCAUCAUUUUCAGACAGUAUAUCGGAGGAGCUUUGUAUUUCUGCUGCCAAGAUGGGUAAGCAUUCUUUGAUUGAUAUCUGUUAUUAGCUUUGGUAAAUAUGUUUGUGAUUCAGCUGAAGGACUUGUCCAGUUGGUUGGUACUCUUUGUUCUGUGGUAUGAAGCUCGCUGAGUUGGUUGCAUAUAUCACAUAACAUACAUGCAGUAGAUGUGCAUUGAAUGUCUCGAUAAGAAGUCUUGUUUUCUGCUAGAAUGAAUUUUGCACCAGAUUUUCUAAUGAAUUGAUUUUACAACAACCUUUGUGUAGAAAGAUUAUGUAACAAAUUCAACAAACUAACAAAACCC